AUGGACGAGGGGAGGACGGAGAGAGGGAGGAGAGGGAGGCGGGUGGUCGCAUAUACGGGCGUCGCCGCGCUUGUCGUCGUAGGCCUGAACUUCAUCAUCUCCGCCCUCAAUGCCCGUCGAGACAGGAGCAACAAAAGUAAAAGGAAAAAGGCCACAGGUGUCUCUUUUUUUCUUUCCCCGGAGCUUUUCUUCUCUUUUCGACCAUGCCACUAUAGCGCCAUUUUUGUAGCAUUUUUUGUUGAGUCGUCGUAUUUUGUUGUUUUUUCCCGAAGAGUAUUGUCGAAGCUAUUCUAUAACAUUAGAUGUAAUGGAACCAUUGUGAUUCUUUUGUGAAUUUCAUGUCUUCUCAUGCUCAAUAAUGCGUACGAACAUAAGCAUUUGACGUAAAGUAAGUGUGCAACAGGCAGUUCGAUGUUUUCUGUCCCUAUCUAAAUGGCCAACUUUUAACAACAUAAAAAAAUGCCGGUGGAUUAGUCAAGAGAAAAAAAAACUCUUGUGAUGAAGCACUCUGAUCAAUCAGAAGCCAGCUUAACAUGGAGGGAAAACAAGGUACUUAACCUAGAAGUUAAUCUUGCUUAAUCUUACGGCGGAAAAGUUGUGGAUAUAUAUUUUUUUUCUUUGGGAAGAUUGUGUAGUCCGUCUGUUGAUCGAAAAACAAUUGGGACAUCAAUGCUGAGACAUUACAAAAAAUGGAGGAAUUGGCUCCAUAUUUCAUAAUUAACUCUAGUCCAUAGGCAUCCCGAGGGUUAUGGUCUCAUUAGAUGUGGUUUCUAAGGAUGAGCUAGGGUUUAUGAUGCACUCAAAUUGAUUUUGGGUGUAAAAUAAGAUGCAUUGUACACUCACUUCGAACAGGGACAUCAAUAGCCUCAGGGGUUAUGCGAAAUGAAGCAAAGUCAUGACAACUAAAAAUACAGGAAGUUGGCAACCCUUGGAGGAAGACAAAGUUUCCUCUCCUUUUAACAGUCCAUGCAAUGUUCUUCUCUAGUUUUCUGCCCCUCACUGCCUUUGGAAGUGUCAGACGAGUAUUAAACACGUCUCGUACAUAGUAUGUACGAGGUAAACAUUUCCUAAGAAUUAUGUGCCAUCAGCUCAUUGCAAUGAAGUACUUUCAGAAGAGAGAGAUCAACACGAGGCCAUCCUCCCUCAAGAUCAUGCCUAGUCGCUGUUUGCUGCGUCACAUUUGAAUUUAUUAGGGAAGUGUAUUUGUAGCUUCCCUUGUUAUGAGUGAUUUGCUCUCUUUCCUGUACGAGCCAUGGUAAACCUGUGUGGUGGUGUAUACAUUUCCUCAUGUAGCCAGGGAGGAUAUGUUUGACUGGUAAGCAUCACAAACAGGGAAAUCAUGCUCGUGUAUCAGUGCUCUGGAUAUUGAGAUAGUGACAUCUUCUGGAUGCGUUUCCUGAGGAUGAGUUAGACUUUAGGAUGUGUUAUUUUCAAAUAUAAUAGGAUUGAAAAAUAAACUACAAUAUGUGUUCAUUGCCAUUGGACAGCCUACUUUGGAUCUAGUGACCUUUAAGUCGAUGAAUAAAAUAUGUCAUUUUCUCUUGACACUCUUUAUAAUAAACCUCUAUGCCUGUGACUUCUAAGAUCGCACUACUAAAAGACUUGCUGAUUGAAUGGUCACUUCAUGACUAAAAUUUCGUGUUUGCACGAAUGUAAUCUGGCUUCAUGGAUAAAAAAUCAUGUCAGGUUGUGCAGGUUCUCAUGAAAGAACGCUCAAGUUGUGGGCUUGUUUACUUGCGUACAGAAACAUCAUUUUUAAGUUGCAUAUAUUACAUGCAUGUUAGAUGCUGUAUUAUAUCUUAUAUAUCUGAUCAUUUUAUUAUGAUACAGUAUUUAUAAAUGAUUUUUUAAAUUUAUCAAUCAAUAUUUAUUUUCUUUUUAAUUUUAAGUCAUGUUAUCUUUAUUGUGAACAUAUAUUAUUGAAAAUUUAUGAGAAUAUGGAUACAUUCAUACUUCAUUUAGUUAAUAUUUAGUUCAUACGUUUUUUUGCCAAGCAUGUAGACCAAGGAAUAAGGAGUUUUAUAACUACCUUGGCCAUCUUGAAAAGCUUGCAUACAGCAGGGUUAAACAAUUAAUAUUCUACGGACCAUAUGAUGAGAGAAUUGGAAUUUUUAUUGAUGAUGGUAAAUGAAAGACAUUAUAAGAUGAAUGAAUUUUCAAGAUCAUGGAUGACGUCUACUACUUGAUUCUUUAUUAUUUUACGGUAAGGUUGUAGUAGGUAAUUCGAAUAGCUGUGAGGGCAUUAUAAGAGUUUGUACUAUUGUAAAAUUUAAUUCAAAAGAUGACGACACAUAUACAUUUCAUUUGAGUCGGUUUAAUUUUUUUGUGAAAAUAUUAACAGUUUAAGCGCAUUCCAUUGGGCGAUACUGCAGGCAAAAUCAUGUUUUGUUGGAUACGGAUGACUUCACUUAGGUUUAGAUGAUUCUUUUACAAAAAAAUGUGUACAUGAACCAUGUUGGAAAGGAGGCUUUUUCUAGUUUUUUUAUAAAUUCAUAGUCAUAGAAGAAAAGGGUAUAUUGAUGACUAUUUCCUCUGCAGAAGGACAUGGUCUUUUCAUUUUAAUCAUUUCUCAUUACCUUAAAGGUCAUACUGUAAUUACCAUCAAAUAAAAUUGUUAUUCAUCAUUACUGGAUGUCUUUGACAAUGCUUUUUUUUGACUGUCUUUUCUUUAUUGGAAAGGGAUUUUAAUAUUGCUUUUUCUUUAUUUAUGCAGAUCUUCCAGGUUUUACUGUCCACAUUAGUCUCUCUGCAUCUCAGAUUAAUAAAUUGGCGGACCAUAUUAUCUCGAAGUCAAAACAAGCACAUGAUUUGAUAGCUUCAAUUCCACUUGAGAAAGUAGGUUGCAUGGAUGAGUUUUCUUAUCUCAUCAAUUAUUUUUGUCAAUUACAAGACUAAGCUCUUAGUUCCAAGCAGUAUUUUUUUCUCUAUUCCAUCUUCAUUUCUCUGUCAAGGCUCUAUGGAAUGCCGAUUUACAUAUAUGUUAGACAUUAACAGAUUUGAAUUUAUUCUACCAAUUGAUUUUGAUUCUCUUGAAUAUGCUAUAUUACUAUUUUUAAGGGAGGAACAUGAAAUCUAAUAAGGCAUAGAUAAUAUUGAGUGAUAUCUUUGUGUUUCCCAUGUCUAUGUUUUGAGCCAACUCUUUUCUUCUUGUAUCAGUAGAAGCUCCAAUAUUUCUAAAGCUCGGUGAAUCUGCAUGCCUAACGAUUGCUACACUUUAGCUUUGGGAUUUGUUCGAUUCUUGUUGGCAACUUACUAGCAUGUAGGCUGUUCAAUAAAGUUUAAUGUGCAGAAUAAUUUUGCGAAUAAUAAAUAUAAAAAAUCGAACUAGAAAAUAGGAAAAUAAGUAAGAGUUCAAUUUAACAAGAUUGUUGAAGUAAGUCAAUUAGAGAGUUUACUAUUCUGACAGAAAAAAGCUGCUUUUUAACAUUCAUAUUUAUUUCAUAUUUACUACAGCUAUGCAUUAUUUAGAUGAGCAAGGAGAUGGCAAUAAGGUAUGGCACCUUGGAAAAAAAACUAAUUUCAGAUAAAGUUAUAGUAGAAAUUACGGUCUGUAUGUACAUUUUAUAUUCUUUCGAAUUUUUACAGAACUAUUUUAAUUAAAAAUAUUCAUAAACAAUUCACACGCGGGUAUAGUGGCAAUAAUAUUUCCUACUAGUCCAAAUGACUUUAUGAAAAUAUCCAUGGUGUUAUUACAACUUUUGUUGGACUAUUGGAUUCCUUUGUUGAGCAAAGAAAAUGUAACUUCCAUGGGGGAAUUGCCUUUAUGUUCAAAUUGGUUACGUUUGUUUGAAUUACUUUAUAAUCAUUAACUUUUUUUUGUUCAUCUCUUUGUAUUUGGCUAAUGAUGUAGUGGGUUGUGCAACCCAAUAUCUGUAUAAAUUAGGAAAGUCAAAGUCUAAGAAGAAAACGAACAAGCCGUAGAUAAUACAACCAGUUACAGAUGUAUAGCGUUGAAUGAGUCUUUUACAUGUUUCUUUAACUUUAUUUUCAUAUUGAGCGUAAUUGUCUCGGAUAUAUUAUGAUAUCUGAUAAUCUUUUGGUUUUGGUUUAGCAGUUUUGUAAAAUUUGCACCCCUCAGAUCACAGUACAUUUGUUUUUGUAGAGCUCUUAUUUUUUUCUUUGUGGAGUCCUAUGUACUUUGAAAUUACUUUCGCAAUGUUCGGGUUUCUAUCCUUAGCUUUUUUGUAGAUCACGCUGUACUGAUAUUAAGAAAGUUGGCUAUCAAAUGACUGUCUUGCUCUUUCUUUAAUAAUUGUGUACGAAAUUAGAGCUCAUUUGGACUUCUAUUUGACACUUAAUGGAUAAGUCAGUAUCCAAGGGUAGCCUCAUUUUUAAAAUAAUGCCUGAAUUUUCUGAACCAAGUUAUGUUGAGUGGUAUUUUUGACUGUCAUAGAACAACUUACGUAUUAGUUGUUCAAUAGAAAAUAUGAUGUCCAAGCAUAUCUCCAAUAGACUUCCUAGAGAAAGCCCUCUAUGCAAUCUUCUCUGUGGUUUACCUGGAGAUGGUGAAAAUGCGCUACACCCCAAACCUUGUCAAAACACAGUGUUGUAAUUACCUAUUUCAAAAUCUGACAGCCCUCUCAGUAGUUCUCUUACACAUGAUAUUAAUCAGUUUUUUUGUUGCCCUGAUUUGUCUUCAAAGUAUUUGAUCGUUCAUCUCUUUUCAAAUGACCCAAAAUGUCUCUUGUAAAAUAGGUCACCAUGUCUUGCAGUUGUCUUUAGCUACCCAAUCUUGAUGCUGCUGUGUCUGUACCUCCUCCAUUACUUCAAAAUAUUCCAUCAUAUGCCAGUUUUGUAAUGCAAUAGCUGCCAUCCACACUGAAUCUGAACCCCCAUGGGAUACACGAUCCAAUGACUAUUCACCACACUAGGUGCAAAAAUACUUGACUUUGUGUGUAAAAAAGAGCAAGUCGAUCACAUGUGGGUGAUUCCUUACAUGACAACCCAGAUUAGAUUCCUCAGUUUCACUUGAGAAGCCACAUCUCCCAUUGGAGGGGGCAUCUACUCUGGUAUUUCUGGCAUAGAUUUUCCGUGAAAUGUAACUCUCUGAAGUUAAAAUUAUUGUCUUCUUUCUUAUUUUCACGUCCAUGGGUCUAAUAUUCCUUUGAAAGAGACACUUAAUACUAAUAGGGAGAAGAGAAGGUUGUGUACUUAAUUCCUUUGCUCCCAAUUUGCACAGCCAAAUACUGAGCGGUGCCACAUUGAAGGUUUUGAUAUUGAUGACACCAAUGUCUUUUUGUUUGCCUAUUCCAGCCAAGUUGAUAUUUUGCCAUCCUAUGGUCUGCUUCCAUUCCCAUGCUGAAAGAACCUAUCAUCGAAAUAGCUGAGUAAUUUCAGUGAGGCUCACGAUCCAUUACUCUUUUAGGAAUCGCAGUUGCAGUAAACAUGAAAUCUAAUGUAUGCAAACAGCACAGCAACAAGAAAAAUUAAUAGAGAGAUGUAGUGAUAAUGGGGUGAAGGGAGAGAGGAUAAGGUGAAUUCUAGUCGGAAAACGAAAAUCAGAUAACGGAAAAGUGUUUUCUAGAUAAGUCUCCCCUUGAUUUUAUGGUAAAAUCAUUUUAUCUUUUUUUAUAAUUUUCUCUUCUCCUUCACAAUGGAUGCUCAUUGAGUUACCAAAAUCAUGACUGUUUUUAAUCUCAUACACCAGAUAAAAUUGUGCUUGAUUAUAUCUAAAUUAGAAAAAAAAAAGUAAAACAGAACUCGAAUCGCUAGUUCGUUACUAUGAAUAUACGUCCAAUGCAUUGUGUUUAAAUUCAUACAUAUGGAUUAAAUUAACUUUAUUUUUUAACUAACAUGUGCAGGUGACAUUCACAAAUGCCAUCUCUCCUUUAGUACGUCUCGAGGCCGAUCUUUUUCCUUUAGUGCAAUCAUGUAUUUUCUUGAAAAUGGUUGCUGUUUCUGAUGAUAUGCGCCAAGCAAGUGCUGAGGCAGAGAGAAAGUUGGAUUCUCAUUUCCAGACAUGCAGGUUUCAUUUCUUUCUAUGUUUUUUCAUGUUGUUAGUGGACUGUCUUUUGUCAUUGUCUUUAAAGAAUAUUGUUCUAUGGAUCUUCAUUGCUUUUGUUGUUUGCUGGGGGAGGUCAUAGUGUUCUUUGUACUCAAUAUUAGUUUGCCAAUCUUUGAUUAAUAAUUGAUUUAUGGGUAGACCAUGAUGAAUUUGUGUUCUUUCAUUCACGUUUCAAGCUCAUUGAAUAAUUUAUUGUGAUUUUGAAUUUGUUCCUGUUGUAUCCUUUACCAUUCUCUUUUCAUCAACGACAAUAACUGUCGUGAAUGGAGAAACCCUCGGAGGGUGUCCAGUGGAGGAAAAUAGAUUCGAUCACAUUAAGUCUGUCUCGGGUCUGGUUUAUAUGCCAGACUCGUAGUACCAACAGUGAACUGGGCCGGUCCAACGGGGAACUGGUCUAACAAAUGGUCCGUUCCCACAAUAACCUCACUCUUUGUAGGAAUGGGUUCCAAUGAUUAAAUAUACAGCUCGAAACUCUGUUCUGGCUUACUUCCCAGAUGCACGAUCUCUUGUUGUUGAUUGUAAAUGGCCCAAGGCAAUCCCAUUCUUUAUUUUUGUGGAUCGAUGAAGUGGAAUUGCUUAAUCCUAGUCCUCACUGGGCAUUUACUGGCUCAGAUCAGCUCGGCCAUAAUAGCUGAUUCGGAAGAACAAGCAUAUCUGAUUGGAUCUUAUGUUGAUAAUUUAGUUCCAGUUGGAAGCUUGGUAUUAUAAGACUACACAAAAAUCACAGCUGCAUUUUGCUAGCUAUCAGUAGUUUUAUAAUGCCUUGGUUUCCAUGAAAUCACUUCUCAUUUAUUCAGACUAUAUAAUAAUUGUGUUUGGCGUUUAACUUUAUGAUCAGUGCAUCAUUCCUUUCUUUCAUGCAAGGUGAUCAGAAAACGUGAAGAUGUGUAUCAUGUUGUCAAGGCUUUUGCGGCUAGAGGGGAAUGGAUCACUCCUGAAGCACAGCGUUUUGUUGAGCAUGUGGUAUUGAACAGUCACCUUUUCAUAUUAACAUUAGUCCUAUCAACAUCUGACACUGACGUGAUUGCAUAGAUCUUAGUUAUGUUAGCAUCUCCGAGGUUCAAUUCACAUUUGCUUCCAACAUGCUAGGUGAUCUAAAAAUAGCAUCUCUGAAGCUUUGAUCACUUGAAUAUGUUUAUGUUUAUCCCCUGUUUCAUAAAAGUCGGAUUAUCAAAGCAAUAUAAUUUUUAUUUAAAUAAAUCAUCGAUGUGAUGUGUUAAUGCUUUAAAAUAAACGAAUGAUGUUAAAAGUAAAACUAUAUUUUUAAACUUUCAAAGGUAUAUCUAUUGUGAUAUGAGAGCUUCACGUAGUGAUCUGUAUUUAUGAUUCCAUUCUGUUUGAAUAUUUAUUUCUUGUGUGAUUUGUGCUUGUACUUUUGUUUGAGUGUCUAGAGCUUUCAAUGCUACCAUAUUCUUCGGUGUUUUCAAGUUAGUUAUUGUUCAGUUUAAACUCUAUAGUUUGAUCUAUCCUUGAAAAUUAUAUUUUUAUGGUGAAUUAAGAUCAUAGAUGCAUAUCUUGUCAAUUCAACUUUAUUCUCUUAAUGUGUGAUUAUGUUUCUGUCUCACAAAAACGUCCAGUCUAAUGUGCGUGUGUUGACGUUUUGCAUUAGUUUCAUGAUGAUGAUAGAUUUGUUCUUUGCCCAAUUUUAUGUGUCCACAUGGAGAAUUACCAAGAAAAUGUGUCUAGCAAGAACAUGUGUAGAAUACUUUUUAGAAGAGGGAGAGGAUAAUUUUUCUACCUUGAAACUGUAGGGGAGAGAUGGAGAGAAUAAUUUUUCUCACACCCGUGCUCUUCUCAAGUGUUAAAGUAUGUUCGAUUAUGUUACCUCGACUACAGAUUCCAAUAUCUACCUAGAUGUUGGGCCAAGUAUGCCCAACAACAUAAUAACUAUUCCUCAACACUCCAACUCAAAUGAAACAUAGAUAUGUGUAGAAUAGUAUAGUCCUCAAUUUGGUGUGUUGGAGAUCACGAAACACUUAAGAGCAUAUCUACCAACAUGAAAAUAUAGGGUUUAUUUGUGAAGUCCUCUUGACAAUACUCCCCCUCAAACUGGUGAAUGGGUAUCAUCCAUUCCCAGCUUGGGGAGAAUCUCUUGUACCUGUGUGCCCUAAACGCCUUUGGUGAGCAUAUAUGCUAACUAAUUUUUUGUUCAAAUGUAUGGUACACAAAUCAAAUUUGCCUCAAGCUUUUCUUUAAUAAAAUGUCGAUCAAUCUCCACAUGUUUGGUAUGAUCAUGCUGUACUGAAUUAUCUACACAAUUGAUUGUUGACUUAUUAUCACAGUAAAUUUUCAUAGGACCCGAUAGAGGAAUAUGCAGUUCAUCAAGUAAAUUUUUCACUCAGAGAAGCUCACAAACCCUUUGGGCAAGUGCUUUGAGUUCUGCCUCAGCACUUGAAUGGGCUACCACUUUCUAUUUUUCACUUUUCCAAGUAACAAGAUGUGAGAUGACCAGAAGUUAAUUUUCAGUCAAUCAUUGACCCUACAUGAUCAGCAUCUGUAAACAUUUCAACAUUUACCUUCCCACUGCGUUUAAAGAGGACUCUUUUGUCUUGGUGCGCCUUUUAAUUGAUGUAGCACUUUAUGUGUUGUAUAUAAAUGGAUCUCUUUCGGCUGAUGCAUAAAUUGACUCAAGACACUCACUGCAUAUGAGAUAUCUGGUCGAGUACGUGUUAGAUAGAGUAAAUCGCCACUGAGCUGUCGAUACAUCUCACAAUCAACCUGAACUUCUUCCUUUGCCAUACACAAUUUGUGAUUUCGAUAAAUUGGUGUAGUAGUUGAUUUACAUGUAGAUUUUUCUAUUUCAGCCAACAAAUUUAUUAUAUAUUUUCUUUGAGAGAUAAAAAUUCCUCUAGUAGAAUGAGCCACUUCGAUGCCUAAAAAAUAUCUUAGGCAUCCCAAUGUCUUGACAUCAAAUGCUGAAGCCAAACUACUAAAGUUUUGUGCUUCUACAUCAUCAUUCCCUGUGAUGAUAAUAUCAUCAUCGUAGACCAAGAGUACUGUGACUCCCCCUGAAGGAGAGUGUUUAAAGAAUAAUGUAUGACUAACAUUACUUUGGCAAUAUUGCAAUGUCUUCAUGGCGGCUGUAAAUGUCCAAACCAGGCACGUGGGGACUGUUUAAGUAUUCAAAAAUAUGGCUGAAAAUGCAUGACUAGGAAUGAAACUGUCCUUUCUUUCCUGUGCAUAUUUUCUGUUGCUCUUGGCGGCUGUGUUGGUUUACCCAAAUGCUGGAGCCAAAGAUUUGACAUGGUAUUAGAGCCAUGUUAGUUCCUAUUUCUCCUCUCAAGAUUGAGAGAUCAGUGGAAGAAAAUUUCACAACUUCAACAGUGGCCUAGAAUCUCUUGUGAUUGUUAUAAUUCGUGUUCUUGCAGUAAUUGGCAUCUAUUCCCUAUUUUUUUGAAGCAGUUCGUAUUUCUUGAAGAAGAAAUUUUAGGAAACAUCACAUGGCUUCUAGUGGAGAAUCCUCAAAUACUUCAGCCAGUGUGCCAGUUUCAGCUAGCGAGAGGGAGAACCUUAUCAAGUUCUUCUUGGUAUGCUAGAAAAAAUGAGAUUCGAUGGUAAGAAUCUAUAUCAAUUGGGACAAUUCGUUGAAAUGAUUCUCUUAGGCCGAGAGUUACAGAAUCACAAUGUAAAAAUAUGGCUGCAAGUUAUGAUCGUCACCAUGAAUCACAACAUGAUUCAUGGUGACGAUCACAAUGUAAAAAUGCAUUUUCGAUGUUAUAUUUUUGAAUAUUCCAAUUGAAAAUUGCAGCAAGAAACAAUAAAAAUGGACAGUAUUCAUUUUUGCCACUAGGGAAAAAGUCUCUUGAUAAUAAAUUCUGUAGACUUGUGUGUAACCUUUAGCCACUAGCCUGACUUUUACUGCUCAAUUGAACCAUCAAAUUAUAUUUCACAGUAUACACUCACUUGCACCCAACCUUUUUCUUAUUCGGUGGUUAUCCUACUAAAUCCCAAGUCUCAUUCUUCUCAAGAGCCCUCAUUUCACCAUCCAUGGCUUCCACUUCAAAUUAGAUAGAGCUUCAGAGAUAUUCUUAGGAACAAUCUAAGGAUGCAAGGAAUGACUUAUAAGGAGGAGAAAAAUGAUGGUAGGAUAGAAAAUUGACUGUUGGAGAUAAGGGAUUUCUAGUACAUUGUCUGAUGGGUUUUCGCAAGGCAAUUAGGAGUGAGUCACAUUGUAGGUUUGACUGAUCAUCUAGUGACGAAGAAGUAGAUAUUUGGACAUUUUCUAAGGCCUCAUCAGAAUCUUGGUUAUUCUGUGAAUCAUGAAUGGGACCUUUCCUAGAAUAUACUUUUCUGAACCUCAGAUUUUCAGGAAGCGGUUUUGUGGCAGAAUGAGAUAUUUCAAGGGCUAAACUAGGAAUAAACAGUUGACUUGCAGAUGAUGGAGAGGAUUCAUGGAUGAUCUGUAGGCAAUAUGGGUUGUUCAUUGGAUGACGACUAAUUGAAGUAAGAUACUAAUUCAUGAAUUGUCACGUCCAUAGAAGUAAAAAAUUUCAUAGAUAGAGGGUGGUAACAUUUUUAACCUUUUUAACCUUUUUGAUUAACAAUAUAAUUAAGAAAGAUACAUUUAAGUGAUCUUGGUGCGAGUUUUCCUUUAUUCUGAGUGUGAUUGUGAACAAAUAAAACACACCCAAAUAUUCUUGGUUUUAAUUUAGUGUUAAUUUGGUGGUGUGGGAAAAAAUGGACUAGGGAAUCUAUAGGACUAUGGAAGUCUAAGAUUUUAAAAGGCAUAUGAUUUAUGAGGUAUGUGGUUGUGAGGAUACCCUCUCCCCAAAAAAUAUUUGGCACAUGAUGUUGAAAUAAAAUAGAUUUAGUUACCUCAAUAUGUAGAUUUUUUCUUUUGGUCAGACCAUUUUGUUGUCGAGUAUAUACACAAGAAGAUUCGUGUAUAAUUCCCUCUAUUUUAAAGAAUGAAUUUAAACUUUGACUAAAAUAUUCUUUAGCAUUUUUUAAUACUUAUACCAAAUUAAUUUUUUAUCAUGGUACAAAAGAAUUUAAGAACAUCACACACAUUAUAUUUUUAUUUUAGAAGAAAUACCUACAUACAUCUUGUGCAGUCAUCAAUGAAAGUAUCAAACCAUUUAUUACCAUGAAUAUCAUUGAUGGGACACGAUCCCUAAAUGUCACUGUGAAUUUAGAAGAAAGGAAUUUUAUUCUUUUCUCUUUGAGAGUGAAAUGAAGCACGUGUGUGUUUAGAAAAUUCACACAUUACAUUUGAGAGUGUCUAAAGACACUCUUUGAAACAAAGAAGGAAAAACAAUCUUUUUAAGGUAUUAAAAGAGGGAUGACCCAUCCUUUGAUGAAGUAGAUGAAUCUUAUUGGCAGCUGUUAGAGAUUUUAUGGAUUGAUCCCCUUCCACUAUGUAUGUUUAGCUCAGUCCUUUUAGAAGAUAGAGUUCAUCAUAUUCUUUAGCAACUCCAAUCCUCCAAUGAUGUACCUUACCAAAUAUUACACAAAUAUCUUCAUUAAAGAAGGCACGGUAAGGGGAAUCCUUCACAAGUUUCUUAACAGAAAUAAGGUUUAUAAACAGUUUGGGAACAUGAAGAAUAUUAGGAAGAAUGUCAAGGUGUUCAAGUCGAAAGUUUCUUAUACCUACAAUGGUUAGAAAAGAUCCGGCUGCAUUUGUGACUUUUCUGUCACUAGGACAAAGGUUGUAAUUAGUGAAAUGGUGUGAAGAAUUAGUCAUGUGGUCCAUUGCCCCUAAGUCUGCUACCCAAGAGUUGGAAAUAUUUUUAGAAGAAGCUCUAAUUUUGAAAGAGUGAUAGAGUUUACCCUGUUGGACUGAUGAGUGCUGUGUCACCGUCAACUCAAUUGUUCUAAUUCAGCUCAAAAUCGCUUUAUAUCAUUUAUUUGAGAUAAGAUGGGUGUUGAUUUUGUUUGAAAUCUGAUGGCUGAUUGAUAGGUAAAUUUACUGAAAAAUAUACUUGGCUGCCAUAUUUUUCAGUAAUAAAAUGUGGUGGUUUGCCAUGUAACUUGUAACAUCUAUCUCUAGUGUGACAUGGUUUUCUGAAAUACGUACACCAUAGGUUGUUUCUAAAGUCAGUUUUCUGGUUCUUCUCUUGACCAUGUUGAGGUGGUUUGGGUUGAUCAGCGGCCUGCUUCAUAUUUUCACCUUGUUUAAUCAUAAAUACAGAAUUGUCAGUUUUGGGAACUGACAUUAUCAAUUUUCGACGACUUUCCUCAUUUAAGAUAAUCAAAAUAGCUUCAUUUAAAUCAGCUUUCUUCUCACAGCUCAAUAUUUGUUGUCUAACCUGAUCAAACACAGAAUUAUGUCCAGCCAAGAAUUUAAACACUCUCCUUCUAUCUAUAAAAUUUCGUAAUGGAGUAAUUUCAGCAGGUUUUCAAUGUCAAGACUAAGGUAAUAGUCGAGUUCCAAUCAUAAAUUCUUUAGCUCUUUUGCAUACUCUACUAAUUUACUCCCUUGCAUCGUGGACAUUGAUUUUGUCUCAAGUUCAUGUAUGUGAGGCUCAUUAUUUUUCUGUGAGAAUUUGGUGUGAACUGUCUUCCAUAAGUCCUUGACCGUGGCUAAGAUGAAAAAAUCAUGACUAAUUUGGGGAAUCAUUGUUCCCCACAACCAAGUUUUAAUCAAGGCACCCUCUUCUCUCCAUCUCUGAAAUUCUCUUGACAUUGGAUCUGAUUUUCCCUCUAUCAAGUGGUGUACCAUGCCUCUUCUAGUCAAUACUUCACAAGUAUAUUCUGACCAUUGUAUCAGAUUAUAUUCAACUAGUUUGAACUCUAAAGGUAUUGUAGGAACUCUACCAAUAAUCUUGUUCCUCAAGGAACAAGAUUAACCUAUCUCGUGGAGGUUGAAUCACACCCAGAAGAUGAAAGAACAUCUCCUAUAGUUUCUAUUUCAAGGAAAUUGCAGUCGACUUCACGAAAACUGAUUUCGUGACCAAAUCUUGAACAUAGAUAUUCAAAGAACGGUACAAAGACCGUAAUAGCAGAAUCAAUAAGUGCAGAAGCGAACUAGAGUGAUCACACCUACUUUCGCUCUAUGGAGAAACUGCAGAGACGACACGUCCCUUGUCAGAUGGGCGCAAUACCAACAGCUCCAACAGAGGUGGAAUGUCCUUUGCAGAUGAACACAGAAUGUUAAGAGAAAGGGAUUCGAAACCCUAACCUUGCUCUGAUACCAUGUAGAAUAGUACAGUCCUUGAUUUGGUGUGCUGGAGACUACAAAACACCAUUGGAGAGGAAGAAAAUUUUAUUGAAUGAAAAUAAGAAUCAGUUUUACAAGAGGGACGGAGUCUAGUAUUUAUACCAGACCCUUGAGAGUUCUAGACAUAGAUGGAAACACUUAAGGGCAUAUCUGGCAACAUGAAAAUACAGGGUUUAUUUGUAAAGACCUCUCGACAAAAAUAUGUUGAACUUUACAUGUCCGGCACAAAAAAAAAAAAUCUAUUUUAUGACGCUUUUACUAAAGCAAUCAGUAGUUUGAUUUCCUGGGCGAACAUUGGGAAUGCAUGAUUCUCUGGGAUCAAGCUUCUUAAUUGAAUGACGCUCUAUCUCAAUUGGCUUGGUUAUUAGCGAUAUAUAUUGCAAUGUAUUAUCACAUUUCAUUUUCCUUCAUUUUUUCAUUUGCUGAGUGGUGAAGGUACCAAAGUACUACAAAUUUACUUUUACCUGAUUUAAUUCUAUAUGACUCUUUUAUCUAUUUUUGGUAAAAUUCUCCAUUCUUUUUUCUGUUGGUAUAGCUCUUAUUUUUUGUGUUUAUGAUUCAUUUCACAAUUGACAAACAAUAGAGAUGCUAAUGAUGGCACAUUUCUUAUUUUGUACGUUCAUUUCUAAUGCAGAUUAGAGAUUUUGAGCGCAGUGGAGUGAACCUUGACUCUGAUAAAAGAAAAGAACUGGAUCGUUUAAAAUCUGAAAUUGAUGAUCUUAGUUUGUUGUUUAUUAAAAAUCUUACAGUGGAUGAUAGUUUUCUUCUCUUCAGUGAGUCAGAGCUUGCUGGAAUGCCUCCAGAGUUUAUCAAGGUAUAAGCAUGCUACUCUAUGUAAACUUUAUUUAGUGCUUGUAAUGCCCAGGUAUCUUUCUUUCUGCUAGUUGCAGCAAUGGGUUUCACUUUUCAGUUAGUAAGCUGCUUCGUUUGUUGAUCGGAUGACAUUACAGUGCUUUGCAGUGUUAUCCUUAGUCUGUAGGAAAGUAAUUUUUUUUCGUCCUAUGCAGAUAGCUAAUGUACUGAUAUUCAUUCCAUGUGUCAAUAAGUUUGCUUGUCGUCGAUCAUUAGAAAAUCAUUAUUUUUGCUGGUUCUCUUUUUUGUUGAGUAUUGAUUGUACCAUUAGCAUGAUUUAUGUUACGGUCAUUUAAGCAAUUAUUCUGUUGAAUCCAAAUAGAAUUAUUCUUUCCUAAUUGUUAGUUUCUCAUAUAGUGAUCAUUUCAUAUUAUUAAUGGUUCUGAUGAUUCAUCGAUGCUGUAAACUAACUAUGCAAUAUCAUUGUUACGACUUCCUUUCUGUUUGUGUAAGUUCUAGCAUUCAUUUAUAUGCCACCUGGUUUGAGCUUCGACUCUAUUUGUUCUGUUAUUUUCUUUGUGGUUCCAUGCAUCUGAAUGAGUUUCAAUGUCUGUUUUUAUAGAGUUUAGAGGUCUAUGAAAAUGGUAAAAUGAAGAUUACCCUCAGAAGUCAUCAUGUUUCUCCAAUACUGGAGCAUUGUAAGGUAUGCACCCAAUUUCUGUAUAUUAGAUAUCACUGAGCAAGUUCUCCUUUCUUUCAUAUUUGAAAUACUUUUGCAUAAAAAAACUAGUGAUUUCACUGUAUCCACAGAUCAACACGAAUAAAUUUCAGGGAAUUACUGAAAAGUAAAUAUCAGGAAAUAAUCUCUAUUGACGGAAGAAAUGAAGAAUAGGAAAAGCAACCAUGAGGAAGAUAUUCAGAAAUUAGAAGAGCGAGAUAAAUCUUAAGGAAAUGUUGACGCUUUACUUCAGUAAUACAUGGUGCUCUUGGUGUGAGGACAUGGUUACUGCGAGUAGUGCCAUGGGAUCAAAAUUGUUCAUUUAUAAAAAAAAAAGGACAUAUCCUUGAGAGUAAUUGAUAUUAAAUACUUUGGGUCAAUCUGGUACACUGUCUAAGCCAGUGUUCUUUCAUAUGAGAUUUCCAUGCGAUCAGAAUUGGCCCUAGAAGAACACACCAACUUCAACUGAUGCCCUUUUAAUGUUAGGAUAACUAUGUCCUUUUAAAGGCCAUGAUGAGGUACCCUUAAGAUAGCGUAAUAUGAUGGAGAACAAUUAGGUCUAUCGGCCUAUAAUGGCUCAUAUUUGUCUUAUGUUAUAUGUGGCCUAAUAAUACUGAGGUUGAUGAGACUGCCUACAAGUUGAUUGUGAGCAAGGUCGUUGAGAAGAGUCCAUCAUUGCUCUGACGUUUCGGACUGACUUCAUUGAUGCAUUAAUGACUGUACUGGCGUCUACGUAGGCAAUGAAACCAGAUCUAUUCAAUAUUUAUGGAAUCUUCAUCUCUAAAUAUUGCUGAAGUGUACCUUUACUAUGUUGAAUCUAUUGGAUAACAAACAAAUCCCAUAAAAUAUGGGAUAGAAUGGAGAUUUACGGUUCUCAAUAUUGAGUGACUAUUUGUUCCCGGCCUUAUGCAAUAUUUGUUUCCUUUUUUAGUUUUCCCCAUUUAGAUAAACUUGUAUCCUAUAAUUCGGAUCCAAUUAUAUCUGUUGUUGCCUCCUUUUGUACAGAAUCACUUUCCCUCUUUUGUAUCUAGUAAAGUUUUUACAAAGAAGUUCUGAGAUUUUCUGGAGGGCAGAACAUUACAACUCAUCCAUCCGUUGGUCCGUUCUUGCUUGGUCCUCUCUCAUUUCUUGAUCCUUUUGUACUGAUUCACUUUCCCUCUUUUAUAAAGUCGAUAUAAAGAGGGUUUAGGAUUCCCUAGAAGGCAGAACAUUACAGUGAUUCAUGUUGUCUCCUUGGUUUUCUCUCAUCUUGUCAUUAGAAUCAGAAUCAUCACCAGCGUUCAGAAUAUCAUUACAUAAACCAUUCUAAUUAAUAGGUUCUGUCAUAUUUUUUAAAUGAAUAUUCUUUGGUAGUGCUUGGCUACUAUUUUCAUCAUAACAGCUGCAAGAUGUUUAUCUUUUAGGAUUUCCAUGUUCUUAUUUGUUUAUACCCUUUUGAUUGAGUGCAACAACAUUUCAAAGUUUUAUUUUGAUUUAUACUUUUCCUACGAUUUUGAUUUCCUAGACCUCAUCUGUAGGUAGGAUCCACCAGGAAGAGUGUUGCUGUCGCUCAUGGACAGAGAUGUGGAAAAAAGAAUCUGAGCAUCUUGGAAAAGUUGGUAAGUAUCAUUCAAUAGAGCUCCAUUUUGUUCAUUUACUUGUUAUGACAUUUAGAGAAUAAGUCGUAUUAUCCGACAUUUCUUUCUUUGAUUCUAUUUGGUCAUUUUUAACUUCGACUUUUAAAUAUAACAAGAUAUUUGGUGAAAAGUUUAGUAUUUAGAUACGCGGUCUUCACAGUUGUCCAGUUCUAUCCAAAAGUUCGUCAAUUUUUGUUUUAAUGAAAUAUCAGAAUCUGAUUCCUUUGGAAUUCCAACCUGAUUGAUGCUUGAACACCAAAUUAAUCAAUAAAAAUUCAGCCAAAAUCAUCAAUCUUUAUUCCAAUGGUUCAAGGCGUGGCAGGGGUUUUUACGCCUCUCUUGAGCUUGGAAGCUGCCUGAUGCUGGUUGGUGAUCAGGAAGGAAGACGAAUAGGGAAAGGAUGGGAGCCGCGGUCAUGGUAGAACAAGAAAAAAUGAGGGAGUCUCCAGAGUAGAAAAAAAUAAUGAUCUUCUGCUCUUUGCUGCCACCCACUUUUGGGCUGGUAGACCUUUUAUAAUCGUUCAUCCCUAUCACGUUUGAGGAAGCAGGCCAUAGGAAAAAUAGUCUCCCCAUCAGGUUUGUGGUCUUUAGUAGCAAUAUUCAUGGGGCUCUUCCUUUUUUACUCAAGAUGGGGAAAAGGAGAUGAUGUGAUUAAGGCAUUGUAGGAUGUGAAGAAUAGGACUUAUCAUGAAACUUGAUGAAACUAAAGGCAGUUCUUGCAACAUUCUUGUCAAGAGUUCUUCCUCAUUCUCUCUCCGUGGAUAUCACUUCAAGGGAUUGUGGAAAUAAAACGUGUAAUCAAGAGUAAGUUUAUGCUCGUCAGUUUCGUAGGUUGGUUGGGUUUUUGGUCAGUUUCCUUGGCUGGUUAGGCUGGUCAGUUUCCUAGUUUUGUCGAGUAUCCCAUAAAUCGUGGGAUUCAACCUAGGUUUCCUUCCUUUUUGGACCAGGGUAAUUGUAUAUGACUAGCAAUCGUUCUAUAGAUUAAUGAUAUACGGAAUUUUUUUCCGGCUAUUUAUCCUUGUUUGGUUUGCAUCAGGGAUCAGAGCAAGAUUGAGGAAUUCCCAUGAGAAGAGAUUUUUAUAUUAAAUUUGCCAAUGACCAGACUUUUCUUCUUGUUUCUAAAGAGAAACAAAUAGCUAAGCACACGAUUGGCACCAGUGACGUUGACAAUGAUGAUGGCUCGAGGGCUUCCCAACUGUUAGGAUUUGAGAAGUCCUCAAUCGGUUUUACUGAGAUCUCAAUGCGAGAAGUCCUCAAUCGGUUUUGCUGAGAUCUCAAUCGGUUUUCUUCUGCUUAUAGUUGUCUUAAGUAAAACUCAAAUGCUGGCGACUGUGAUCUUGAGAUUGGAAGAAUGAACAAUCAAUUCUCGUCUAAUCUGGAUAAGCACCACAAGAAGAACAGAAGGACAGAGUUCAACACUUUAAUGGAGAGGAAGAGAGUGAGAGAGAGCAAAACGGGACGAAUGUAAGACCAGGAAAGAGAAUAAUUCUUUUUCCCAAAAUUAACUUCCUUUCUUAUUAAAUCGGGUAACACAGGUUGACAUGUUUAACAGAUGUUAUGUCAGUAGCAUUGCUGGUAAAUACUUGCAUAGUCAUUGGACCACUCAUUUACUAGUUGCUAACCAUAUCUCAAGGUACUUGAGGCCAUGCCCUGAAAGGUAAUCUUUUUCUCCAGGAUAUAUCUCUCAUAAGUCGAGAGUUACACUGAUAUUUUUUGGGCUAGAUCGUGAGAUGACUAGAGGUCUGUCAGGAGUAAUUGCAUUUUCUUAGGAAUCAGUUUAGAUUCAUAGAGAGGCAAGAAAUAAAUCUUCUGUGACAUAUCUAGCUUGAAGUUGAAUAUAGAGCAAUGGCUCAUGGGCUGAUAGACUCGUCAUGGGUUAGGGUCUUAAUUGGAGACCUUGACCUUGAAGAAGAAACUCAACUGAUUCUUUUUUGUGAUAACAAGUGUGCAAUAAAUACUGUUUACAAUCUAGUACAUGAGAAUAGUACAUAGCAAUGGACAGCGAUAGCUAUAAUAGUAUUGAUAGGGACUACUCUGUCACUAAGUCAGGACAAGUUGGUGGGCCCUUGGGGAUUGUAUGGUAAUCAUGCACAUUUCCUUGUCUGAAGUUGAGGCCAACGUUAACAGUGGUUUGAUUCAUUAAACAAACUUGCCAUUGUUGACUGUCCUCAGAUCUCAAAAACCGUGUUUUGUUUAUUUCGUCACUGAGGGAUUCCAGUAUAGGCUUAAAAUUCAUUUCGCUACCACUCUAUCAAGUUAUGACAAAAUUUUCAUUCAAUAUCCUGGUAUUUGAUAAUGAUUAUCCUUCAUGAUUUAUUGUCAUAUCUCAAAUUGACACCUAAUUGACCACUGUGGAAAGGUUUACCUUAAAAUUUUUCUAAUGCCGUGUUGUGUGAUUAUCUUAUUUUGGUAAUAUAUUUCAAAAUCCGUGUGUUGUUUAUUUCAUCACUGAAGGAUUCCAGUAGGGGUCUAAGUUCACUGUAGACUGUUCCUAGAUCUCAAAAUCCGUGUGUUGCUUAUUUCGUCGCUGAAGGAUUUCAGUAGGGGUCUAAAGUUCAUUUUGCUACCACUAUACCAAGUUAUUACAAACUUUUCAUUCAAUAUCGUGGUAUUUGAUAACGAUUAUCCUUCAUGAUUUAUUUUCAUAUCAUAAAUUGACACCUUAAUGACUAAUGUGAAAAAGGUUUUGCUCCUGCCAGCCAGCAGUGUAUCCAGGUCCAUUAGCAGCACAUUCAGGUCUGUUGGUGGCAUUUCCAUCUGCAUUCAACCCUCUAGUCCAGAGAUCAGUGUAUCUAGGUUUGCCGUCAGUGGUUUUUAAGAGGAAAAUAAGCCUCUCUUUAACCAUCUUUGUUCAGCCCUCCAAUUCGGUGGUCAAUGUAUCCACCUUCGUCCUACAUUGUGUUGGUCGAUAUCUUCAUCAAUAGAGUGUUGAUCUUCCUCAACAACAUCUUCAUCUUCAUCAGGAGCAUGUUCAUCUUCAUUAACGGCAUGUGUAUCAUCAUCUACGAUUUGUUUGUCUCGAUCUUGUUUCCUCUGCUAUCCCAGAUGACCUUUGAAACCGUUUAUUUUGUGUUAGGAUAUUCAAAUCAUGAUGAACCGUGUAUGAGAACUCACACUGUGAUAAUGGCCAUCAUGGCAACUUGUAUGCUGUUAGAAUUUCUAAAUCAUGAUUUACCAUGUAUGGGAACUUAUAUGGUGAUGAUUGUCAUCAUUAGCAAGCGACCAUGUGUAAAAAAUCUGAAUUGGAAAUAAUAAAAAUCUAAUAUGUUGAACUUUAGAAAAUGUAGUGGAAAAGUUGCACUCCUAUCUGUGACCUUCUGAUGUUGUUUCCAUAUCCCAAAAACUUAUUUUACACUGGUAUUUACCUGUUUGUUGCAUUAUCAGGUCCAGUUGCGCCACAGAUUUGCUCGUUUGCUUGGAUACUCUUCCUAUGCAGACUAUGCUAUUGAGCCAAGAAUGGCAGGGGAGUCCACAAGGGUAUGAGAUUCUGCUAUGUUGCUUAUUUGACUUCAUCCGUACCUUUGAUUUUUCAGCAUGUGUAUGUUGAAUUUGUGGAACUGGCCGUAUUUAAUUCAUAUUCUCCUUUGUUCCACAGUGCUACAUUGAUCAUUUAGGGAAUCAACAAUUGCAAUGAACUUGGCUAUUUUUUCCUAUCAAAGUAUAUAGUCCUCUUGCUGAACAUCAACUGUGAUUUUCAAUGAAUUCUCAGGUUUUUGAAUUUCUAGAGGACAUCUCAGCCCAUUUAACUAACCUGGCAACGAGGGAACUUAAUGUGCUCAAGGAUUUGAAGGUUGUGCAUUACUUAGUGUUCUAUAUAGAAUGUCUCUCAGUAGUCUGAUCUCUAACUGUUUAUUCAUAACGGAUAUAUAGAAAAAAGAGGAAGGAGAUUCACCCUUCGGAGCUGAAGAUCUUCGAUAUUACAUGAGAAGGGCUGAGGAACAAAAGAUUGAUGCAGAUCUGGGAACUGUCAAACAAUUCUUUCCUGUCAGCGUGGUUCUGUCUGGAAUUUUCAAAAUAUUUCAGGAUUUAUUCAGUAAUGUCAACUUUCUGAUGUAUAUUGCAAUCUUUCAGUGGUUUAGUUUUGCUCAUUUUGUAUAGUUCAGUGUACAACAGAUAGUAAAUGUUUUAUAUUGUCAUUUCUCAAGAAUCAUUCUUAAGUGGAGUUCAAUUUUGGAUGGUUGCAGGUCUUAAAUUCGAGGAAGUCCGUGAGGUCGAUGCUUGGCAUGACACUGUUCGCCUGUUUUCAGUCAUAGAUUUUAGUUCCAAUGAGCUGUUGGGCUAUUUCUUCCUUGAUAUAUUUUCUAGGUAUGAUUCUUCCUCAAAUAGUCAUCUUCUAUAUCCCCCCAGAAUCCUUGGUUUUUCACAAAAUUGAAUCAUAUUCGUUUUUCUUAACUUCAGAGAAGGGAAAUACUCACAAACGUGUGUUUUAGCUCUGCAGAAUGGGUGUUUGUCAUCUAACGGUACACGUCAGGUGACUGACUUCCUGAACACAUUAAUUAUAAAAAUUAUUGUUUUUAUGCUCUUCAUGCUUAUUGUGUAAAUUUUUAUUUAGGAUGUUACGUGCAGAGCAUUGUAUCUUGAUGCUGGGACAACGUUUUUGUUGUUUUCAUUGUCCCCUCCAUUCAUAGCUUCCACAGCCUCUAUUGACUUUCUGGCUCUGUUUUAUAUUAGGAUUUUAUGAAUGCAUUAUCAUUGCUAAAAGUUUUCAUGAUUUCCAUGGAAAGAUUAUAUUUACAUUUUUUUUCAAAGUCAGCCAGGUAUUAGACGCAGUAGUCAAUAAAAGCUACAUAAUCGUUAUCCACUAAUGUAAUAGGAGAUUAAUAACUGACUUAAAUAGAAGCAUGAAAAUUGUAGCAUAUUGAUUUUUUUGGGAAGAGAAUCCACUUGUCAUUAAGAAAAGUGGUUCUACGAUGAGGGAUAGUCAAUGCAUCAAAACUGUAUCAUUUUUAAUUUCAUAACCAAUAGUGUUUUAGGCCGAGUAGAAUGAAGACACAUUACAGUAGACAUGCUUACAGACAAACUAUAGAUAAAAAUAGACACUAUGAAUCAUGAUACACCAUGUAUGAAAAAUCACAUGGAUGAUAGUCAUCACAGGAACUUGUAGCUGUUACGAUUUCUAAAUCAUGAUGCACUAUGUAUUGGAACUCACACCGUGAUGAUGGUCAUCAUGAAAACUUAUAGCCAAAGAGGAUAUUGGGAAAGAUUAUGUAUGGUUCUCUCCCUAUAUAAGGGGAGGGAAAGGUCGACGAAAGUCGAGCUGGUUUCCUGCUCCUCUCUAUCCGCGGAGACGGGAAAGUUGCUCCACUCUGUCUAUUUCCCUCUGUCUCAAUGCAUACAUCUUGAAGAAUUUUCAAUCUCUUUGGAUGUCAAUGUUCUUUCUUGGUCUCAGCUAUCAUUCUCUUGACACAGUAAACUCCCAUCUAUAUGACUUUCCACAAUAGGUUAUCACUUCAGUGGUAUUAUUUUCUGAUGAGCUGUCAAAGGGCUUCUGGUCUACUUGGCUUUGGCAGCUGUGGUUCAUCUCUUUCCCCUCCUGCUGGUGUCCUUAUCCUGUUGACUUUCAUGAUCUUCUCCCAUUCUCCUUCACUAGAGUCUUGUUCGUAGUCCCAAGAUGGUGAAGCUCGUCAUUUUUGGCUCACCAGAAUAAUUGGAUAUGGCAAUGAUCGAAUUUAUUCUGUCUCAGAUGUUUCAGCCCUUGACUUGGAUUGUCUAUCUUUCACCUCUAGCUCUCUAAAUAUCCCCCAGCACAGCCUGGUAAGAACUUUGAUCUAGAAAAGAAUAUGAUUCUUUUUGAGGAUAACGGAAACAGGGAUUAAGGGAAAAGGGUUUGAGUCGUGGAGACCGAAUCUGUUCUACCACAAGCAGGCGGAGGAUCUCUGGAAACAUCUACGACCGAUUGUCUUUUUCUUCCCUCCCUACAACUGAGUUCCCUUAUUUAUAACCCUCAGCCCUCCCCUUUGCAUGUGGAUGCUUACUAGCUUUCACAUGCAGCGGUUGAACCCAUAGAAGUUGGGAGCUUCUUCCUUCUUAUCUCAUGAUGAGGGGCUUAUCACAGUCUGUUACAACCCUCCCAAGAUUUGGGCGAAUGUACACCAUGGUCCUACCUUAGAAGUGGCUCCACUCACAGAAUUAACACUUCUCUUGUAUUGAAGAACUAGGUAGAAGAAUUAACAAUGAAAAAACAGUAGAAGGUUCGCAGACAAUAGGAAGAAUUCCUGAGGUCAAAUUGAUCCUCAAGAACAGGAGAGCCCGAAUUGGACCUCCCCAGGGACAGAUCUCCCACUCUACUCUGUUUUUCCCCCCCUUCUUAUUUCGGGCCUCUUCUAUAAUUAUAGGCCUUAUUACAUUAUUCUAUGGUGGUCCCCCCUCAAUGUGGGGGUCUAGGUCAUCUUGUGUGGAUGACGCUUGGCUUCGUAACACAGUCCUUCAUAAAUAUCUUCUCAGAAUCAUUUUUUUUUGGCUUCAUGCAAAGUAGACCGUCAUUAAGAUUCUCUAGAAUGACUACUGAUUGAGAGUAUUAACGUUUAAUUUUUCUUAUAUUUGGUACAGGGUACAAUGAUGUACUUCCUUUACUGAAGCUAAUAUGCUUCCCUUGUCGAUUCCUGUGUCUGGAACUCAGUUAUCCCUUUUCUUUGGUUGUGUCAAGCCUGGACAUUUUUUUACCGUGCAAAAAUGUUUUCAAAGGUUUUAUAUCUUUCUUUAUUUCAUAUCUUCGGAAAGUAACAGGUUCUUCCUUUUUAUGUUCUUCUUUCUCCAAUCUUUUGAUGAAAUUACUAAUUAGUUGACCGCUAACUGAUGGGCAUCCAAUGCAUUGAUGCCAAACAUUGAUUUCCUCAAUUAUUCUGGCAACAAUGAACUUCUUCAACAGCACUUCGCCUUGCAGAUUUAUUCUAUCCGCUUCUCUUAGAUGAGUAAAGUCUGCUAAUAUGAUGUGGAGUAUGCCUGCAUUUUCCUAACAUAAAGGUACAAGUCAACCUUCGUCAAAUAGUGAAACCCUCCCUGACUAUCACAAUGGUCAAAAUUUGAAAUCCUAGGUUAAGGACGAAAUGAUAAUUAUCAUGCGUUAUUCAAGAAGAUGGGACUUUGCAUUUUUUCCUUUAUCUGCCAGUCCAUUGUUUUGGUAUAAUCCUGAUUACUCGUUAUCUGUUCCAUAUCAUUUUCCACAUUCUUAGUUUCAAUCUCUGUUAGAUUCAAACAAGUAUGGACAGUGGGCAAGUACGGAAUAUAUGCUUACCGCUACUUGUUUUUCUCACUCUCCACAUCUGACACAGACCUUUUUCAUUGCCAACUUAAAUUAGAUAUCUCACUAAUUUUGAUGUAAAAAUUGACAUCGUCUAUUAUUGUUGUGUGGGCUACUUUCAACUGAUAUCUUUAAUUUUUCUCUCUUGUGUAGACACCAGUCGCACUAAUUAUAUCUCAGUUUCCGAAGCAAGUUAAUGGUAACCCCAUACUCUUGCGGUUCACUGAAGUUGUCAAUUUUUUCCAUGAGUUUAGCCAUGUGGUGAGUUCUUUAUUCAGAAGGGGAUUUUAUUUUACAUUGUUGCCUUUUGGAUACAUUUUAAGAAUUUGCUCUCCUGUAGAUAACGAAGUAUUGCUUAAAAUGAAAAAAAGCUCUAAUGAGGUUGACUUCAAUGAAAUGUUUAAUUUCCUGUAGUUGCCUUUAUGAACAAAAGUAGGAGUGACGUGAUUUAGAUUAAAUUUUGUGAAAUAAUUAUUUAUCAUUUUUUAAUAACCAAUUAUUUUCAAUACUUUGAUAAAUCAAUGAUUAUUAUCAUACUUCAUCAUUAAUUUACUCUGCCAUUCACCAAAUAUAGGAAGGCCUUUGCACAGAUGAAGAAUAAUUUGACUAUGCCAUUCUGUUUCAUCUUAUAGGUGGAUUAGAUCUAGUUGAUAAUUGAACAUAUUUUGAGCUUGGUCAGGGACAAUUUACUGGUGUCUUCAUGAAGCAGUGAGUUGCGAGAGCUGAUACAUUGAAGGCUGUAGAUCUUCUUUGUGAAAAUGUGCGAAAGAUUGACCUCGUUCUCUAUUCCUCAUCAGAUAACCUGUUUAGCUGCUUGUCGGAAGUAUGAUGGAAAUAGAAACUAAGCAAAAGCCACACUCUCACAUUGUGGGUACACAGGCAGAUUGAUCAGGUCCUUUUUCUCUGACUAUAUGCGCUAAUUUUAAAGACUUUUGCCGAUGUAGGGUUGAAGUUUGUGUAAAUGACAGUUAGAAUGAAGUGUGGUACUCGUAGAGCGAUGAUACCACACGAGGUGGACAAUCAGCUUUAUCUGAUGAGGACAUUGCUAUCAAUCAUGCAUGGGAAAUAUGGGCCUGCAGUUGAAGGAAGCACAUGGCUGGACCAAUUUCACUGUGAUUGGGAGAAAUGACGUCUUAAGGACUUGGGGAUAAUGCAAUAGGGAUUUUUUUGCGGGUUUUCGUACCUCUCUAAGUCCUAGUUUAUAUUCGACCAUUUUGUCCAUUUUUUUUGUUUCUAAAAGUAUUAAAUGUCGAUUCUAAGACCUUAGACUAUCCCAACCAAUGUUCCCGCUUUUAGGAACACUUAAGGGCAGAAAUUCCACCUUUUAAAUUUGGGAGCUUUUGGGAUUUCUCCAAGAAGGUCGUAAAGGCCCUUCUCUGUGAGCUUUUGGCAGAUCAAAGAGUGCUCCUUCAAAGUCCUCAGACACCUCUAACUAGGAGUCUGACCUUGAUGCCAAGGGAUUGUCUUUCGAAUGAAAAUAUUUGCUCUUUUCUCUUUUCUCCAAGAAGGUCGUGAAGGCCCUUCUCUGGUGUCAGGUUCCCCAAGUGUAAAGUGGAAGGUCAUUUUGUCCGUGUUCCGUCCCUUGCAUCCGUUCACUGUGUGGGGAUCUCUUCAUCAUCAAGAGGAGCAUAAUUGUUUGUUCUAAGAUCGUUGGCUACCUGUCUCUGUGGGUUCAAGUUAUCAUGAUUCUCAAUCCUGUCUUGGACCUCUCAUCUAACUUGCUAUCAAAGAUCUAUUGUUGCUAGUUAUAAUUGUAUCUGAGUUCCUAUCACCCCUACCUUCAUGCCCCAUAUUUUAGCCCACCCUUGGCACGUCAUAUGUCCAUGCUUCGUAUUAAUGACACUAACUACUAACAUAACUCUAUUGUGACUAAAGGAGAAUGCUUAUUUGGUUGGUCAAACAUCAUUUAAAUAAUAUCUACUCUUUUCUCUAAAAAUUAGUCACAUCAAUGUUCCCGCGUCAUUGUCCCUCCAGUUUUUUUGUUUUACUGUUUUCUGACUGGUCGUUAGUGAGAUAUAUCUUUUACAAAGUAAGUCUUUAUUUGGAACUUUAAUGAGGGUAAAAACUUGGAAGUUCAGGAUGCUUGAGCUUUCUAACCACCAUCGCAGGAUGGUAAGGUAUAAAAAAAAUACUGAUGGACGGACUUGCCUUAAUGUCAUUUGGGUAAUGCGGAUUUCGUCUACAUCUAGACAUAAUAAAAAUGACUAAAAGAGUUGAAACGUGGAUCCUAUGUUUGGUUUACUCAAUGAUUCAUGUCAUCUUUUGGCACCAGAUGUUUGUGUGCUGUUCACUGUUUGUCUAUCUUUUCUCUUAGUUGAUUGAUUGCGAAUGGUAAAACAUGGUAUGAAUCUUUGGUGGAAAUUUUGGGAUGAAUUUUUGACUCUAACGGUCCCUAUGCCUUUGUCAUGAUGAUUUGGUAGGAUUUUAAUCUUGCAUUUUUGUUUUAGUUUGUAUAAAUUUUAGCAAGAUCCAAAACUAAACUUAAUUGGGUAAUUGAUUUUUUGAAUAUGGCACUUUUGGGGUAAUUGGUUUCUCUUGUACUUGUCAAGGUUAUGGUGCUUGUAUACUAUCAUAUUAUUUUGAUUCUUUUUUUCAUGCCAUGAUAUGCUAUCGCUUUCCAGAUCCAUCACAUUUGCAAUCGGGCUACCUUUUCCCGAUUCUCUGGUCUCCGUAUGGAAGCUGACUUUAUUGAGAUUCCAAGCCAGAUGCUAGAAAAUUGGUAUAAACUAUUAAUACAGUAUUCCUUCAAAAUGUAUAUUCUCCAUCUAUUUCCUCUAAUAACGUAUAGACAUAAAAUUUUGUGGUUUAGGUGUUAUGAAAGCAUCCCUCUAAAGCAGAUGUCUGGCUUUUAUCAGGUAACUGCUUUAUACAAUGGGUAUUUUGUUUUUAUAUUUAUCUUUUCUUUGGUUUUCUAAAUUCUUGUUGUCAUAUGUGAGAGUUCUUGUAAAUUUUUGAGAUGUGGAUAUCCACACUAGAUUUACUGUCCAGUUCAAGUGUUAGUAUGUGUUAGUCUGUUAAUUCUUAUAAACAAAUUCAAAAACUGCCUCAUUUGAUAUCAUGUGUUGAUAGGGGUUAAGGAAUAAUUAGACCCGAGAACCCAUGAUCAUUACUUUUAGAUUUAUUCUAAACUUGGCAUAAUUCUCAUUCUCAGGAGAACUCUGGCUUACUCUUAUUAGUAUAAUCACCAUGGGAUGUGUGAAGUUGUGAGGAAACUUUGUUUCUCGAGACUGUGUACCUUAGUAACCUUAUGAAUAUUUUCUACAAAAAUGAGAUGAAGGGGAAUCUAAAUAGUCUGAAGACUGAAAAAGAUUUCUGCAAGCCAUCUAAAAAAGACAAGAAGAAAAAUGGAAAAAACAAGGCAGAAUGACGUUGAAGAUGGAAGUGAGUCGUUUUGAGAUGGAACACGUGAUUGAGUUAAAAUUCCUAAAACUUUCAGUUAUUUACCGUUGUAUUUGACGUGUCAAACUGAUACUAUAAAAACUGCAGUUCUUAUUCAGAAAAAAAAAAGGAAAAGUAGCAAACCCAAAGCCUUUCUUGAGUGAGCUGGAAGAUAUAUGGUUGCUUGUGAUGACCAUGAAGAUGUACCAUGCAAAUCAUUGUUGGUGUUUAUGUGUUGAAAUACAGAGUUUUCGAUUUUGCAGGAUAUUACUAAACCCAUCAAGGAUGAAUUAUGCAGCUCACUAAAGAGGAGAAGGGAUUCAUUUUCAGGCCUUAAAGCAAAGCAAGAAGUUCUUCUCUGUAAGCUUUCAUGAUUUCCUUUCGUUAAUUUCAAACUAUAACAUACCGAUCCAAUGCGGAUAUUUUGCACUUAGAAUUUCUCUUAUAACUAUUGUAGAGUUGUAUAACUGUCGUACUUCAGUCUUACUUGUUUAGCUUUUAGUUGAUAAUACUUUUUUAUUUAAAUUCAUUUUUAUAUUGAAUUUUAUCUAUUACCAUUUUUAGCUAUGAUAUAAAUGCAAGAUAGUCAUGUUUGGGGGUUUACAUAAUAAUGAAUUGUCAAUUGUUGACCCACGUCAUAAAUGUCUUUGAACAUUAGUUGAGGUAGAGGACAUUCAGGCUUCUGAACUGUACUGAUAGAUAACUCCGGACAUAACCAUAACCCACAAAUAUUUUCAGAUAAAAUGGUAAUUAAAUUUCUUGCGAUGGAGGUUUGGCCUCUAAUUCAAAAAGUAAAGCUGUAAUAGAGUACUCGUUUUCAUCUUCGUCCAUCUGACUAGUGUCCUGGAAAGCUCUUUCUGGGGAACUGUCUUCGAUUUUUGAGCUUGUAGCUCAAAAAAUUCAUGGUGUUUAUUGUUCUCACCAGAUAGUUCUCAUCUUUGCAUUUGUUUCAAGGUCCUGCCUUUUAAUCUUGUUCGAGUGCAGUAAUCAUGUUUAGUGGUCUGGCAUGAACGAUUCACAAAAGCUGGAAACAUAUUUUCAGAUCACUUUUACAUGUUAUCCUGGAUAGCAAAUCAAUGGCAAGAGAAUGUUUGGCGUACAAUGGCAAGGGAAGUUAUUUCUAUUCUGAUGUCAGGGAAUGAGGUUGCCUUCUAGUAGGGAAACAGGAUGGAUGUCUGGGAAAUGAUGGAAGCGGUGAACCUUAUUUACUAUUCUAAUUGGUUCACUUUUGGAGUAGUGACUCUAGUAGAAGUUUCAUUUUAUACUUACCUUGAAUCCCGAUCAAUCUAAUCAUAUUUGGUUUUCAUGAGAAUAAGAAUUUUCUGUUUCUUGGUGACCACGUUGCUAUUUUUCUGUGUAAUGGAGACGCCAUGAUUAGGAAAACAGUGAAGACAUUGAAAUUAUCAACAUCUAUGAAUUCAGGAUGCAGACACCAUUUUUUUUUCCCUCUUUCAUAUCUGGGUUCAGGUUAUCGGUCAGAUGUCAGAUGAGGAAUCCCCUUCGACUUUUUUCUCCUCAAAUUUACGACAUGUUUUAGAUAGAUGGAUACAUUUGCCUGUCUCUUUCACAAAUUAUUUUUCGUAAUUGCAAUAAUUAUAGCUGUACGACCUUACCAUGAAAGAAUUACAUUUGAAUGGAUAGAUAUGCACUUGGAAUCAGUUGAAUCCUGUAUUUGCCAUUGGGUCUGGGCCAUAUCGGCCCAUCUAGGUUCCUCGAGACUCAGGUAUAAAUACCAGAGGCUGACUAUUAGGGUUUGUCAUGUCGAGUCUUUUGGGUCUCUCUCUCUCUCUCUCUCUCUCUCUCUCUCUCUCUCUCUUUCUCGCUCUAUCUCUCUCAUUUAUAACAAUAUAUAUAUAUUGGUAAGAUAGAGUGCACAGAUGUUCUAACGAAGACAAAUAUGCUGGCUUACCCGUUGACAGAAAAUGGUCGACUUUUCUGAGAUCGUUAUGUUCUUGUGCUGCCAGGCCUCGUUGAUCAGAUUAUACACUCAGGGGAGAACAUUGAUAUAGAGGAACUACUGAAGCAUCUUCAUCCAAAGGUAAACAGCCUCGAUCCACCUUGCUGCCGUGUGCUGAUUUGAGCUCACAGCAAUGCGUUUUCUGCUUCACUCGCAGGUCUUGCUCGGAAUCCCACUGUUGGAGGGAACCAACCCUGCCUCGUGCUUUCCUCGCUUCGCUAUUGGUUAUGAAGCCACAUGCUACAGCUACAUAUGGAGCGAGGUCUGUGUUUUCCGCAAAAGGAAACAUAUUUUCUCAAUGCACUCUGAUUGAAUUUUUCUCGGCGUUAUUCAGGUCUUUGCCGCGGAAAUAUAUGCAUCAAAGUUCCAGGAUGAUCUUCUAAACCAGCACGCAGGUCUUGAAUUCAGGAACAAGGUGUGCCAUUCUUCUAGUCAUAUGCUCCCAUCUCUUUUCCUUCUCUAGUCAUAUGCUCCUGGAGGCCAGGGGUUCAUAGUUAGGGUCAAAAGAUCAAAAGCUAUAAUUCAUCUUUGAUGCUGACAAUCAGUUCUGUAAUUCAUCCCCUGCAUUUAGCUUGGUGCAUUGUUCGAUCCUACAUUCCGGAAUCGGAAUCUCUUAUUUCUAUUUCUGGCUUUGUAUUUUCCUAUUUAUGCAAUCAUUAUAGCAUGAUCGGGGCAGAGCCCGCCUAAGUAGACAUCUGCAUCAGAAAUAUUAUAUAUAUUAUUGGACUUGAUAAAGUGCCUUAGCAAACUUCUCCUCUUUUUUCCAUCACAUGGCGAUCUUCAUGCAUUUUUUUUUUAAAUUCCUUAAUACUGGAAAACGACUGCACUUCCCGGUGACAUGUUCUUUGCUCUUUUUUUUUCUCUUUUUUUUUUCUUUUUUUUUUCUUCCUUUCACAGGUGUUUUCUCCCGGAGGAUCCAGAGAUCCCCUCGAGAUCAUCCGAGACUAUCUUGGGCGGGAACCAUCGAUCCAGCCAUUCAUCGAGAGCAAGACCAGAAGCAGCGUGUGGUAA